CAACAUUCUGGUGAGACUAUACACAGACAUUUUCAUAGAGUUCUGAAACACCUUAACAUAAUGUCAAUGGAUAUCUUCAAGCCUUCUGACCCUACAUUUAGUGUAGUUCCAAGACAUAUACAGAAGAAUCCAUUGUACAUGCCACACUUUCAGGACUGCAUUGGUGCCAUUGACGGUACACAUAUCCAAGUUGUUGUUGGAGACGACAAGAAAGCUCCAUAUUAUAAUAGAAAGGGUGUGACAUCUUUUAAUGUGAUGGCAGCAUGCGAUUUUGAUUUACUUUUCACAUUUGUUAUGGCUGGAUGGGAGGGUGCAGCACAUGAUACACGUAUUUUCUUAGAUGCUAUCCGUCGACAAUCUGUCAAUUUUCCAAAACCACCACCAGGAAAAUAUUAUUUAGUUGAUGCUGGAUACCCCUUAAGGAAAGGAUAUUUGCCACCUUAUAAGGGACAGAGGUAUCAUCUUUCAGAUUUUCGACGAGCUAGUCGAGUGAAUCACAUAGAAGAGAGGUUUAAUUAUGUUCACUCAUCACUUAGAAGUGCAAUUGAGCGAACUUUUGGAGUGUGGAAGAAUAAAUGGAAAAUUUUAAAGCAAAUGCCACCUUAUGACAUUAGGCACCAAAGAAACAUUAUAGUUGCUACUUGUGUUUUGCAUAAUUUUAUUAGAAAACAUGAUAGGGAAGAUGAGGGAUUCAAUUGGGAUGAACAUGACUUGGAUAGACCAAGAAGCAAUAGUAGUGGAGAAGGUAGUAGCAGACAGGCAAACGUUGAAAAUAUACAAGAUGAGGAGAUGAAAUUUGUUCGUGACAAAAUAGCUCGAUCCAUUUGUGGGUUGUAA